UUCACACACAGAACCAGGAAGUAACUCCUCAUUUCAAAGAAAACAAAACUGAUCUCUCUCUCUCUCUCGUUGUGAGUUCAAGAAAAUGGCCGAGGCCAGUAUUUCAGUAGAUCAGCUUUCUGUGGACCAGUUCAUGUGUCCAGUGUGUCUGGAUCUCCUGAAGGAUCCGGUGGCUAUCUCCUGUGGUCACAGUUUCUGUAAGGUGUGUAUUAAUGGCUGCUGGGAUCAGGAGGAUCAGAAGGGCGUCUACAGCUGUCCUCAGUGCAGAGACACUUUCACGACAAGGCCUGUUCUACGCAGAAACAACAUGCUGGAUGAAGUGGUGGAGAAACUGAAGAAGACUAAAGUUCAAGCUGCUUCUCCUGCUCACUGUUACGCUGGACCUGGAGAUGUGGAGUGUGAUUUCUGCACCGGGAGAAAACACAAAGCCGUCAAGUCCUGUCUGAUGUGUUUGACUUCUUAUUGUGAAACUCAUCUGAAACCUCACUAUGAAGUUUCUUCAUGGAAAAAACACACAUUAAUUGAAGCCUCAGCAAAACUCCAAGAGAAGAUCUGCUCUGAACAUAACAAGCUGAUUGAGAUCUACUGUCGUACUGAUCAAACCUGCAUCUGUUAUUUGUGUAUGAUGGAUCAUCACAAAGGUCACGACACCAUCACAGCCGCAGCAGAAAGAGCUGAGAAACAGAGUGAGUUAAAGGAGGAGCAGAUGAAAUCCCAGCAGAGAAUCCAGGAGAAGCAGAAGAAGGUGCAGGAGCUGAAACAGGCUGUGAACACUAUAAAGCUCAGUGCACAGACAGCAGUGGAGGACAGUGAGAGGAUCUUUACUGAGCUGAUCAGCUCCAUGGAGAAAAAGCGCUGGGAGGUGACGGAGCUGAUCAGAGAUCAGGAGAAGGCUGAACUGAGUCGAGCUGAACGACUCCUGGAGCAACUGGAGCAGGAGAUUGCUGAUCUUCAGAGGAGAGUCACUGAGCUGGAGCAGCUUUCACACACACACGAUCACAUCCAUUUCCUCCAGGUUUUAGCUUCUGGACGUCACUGUCCUCCAUGGAUCAGACCAAAAUUUCACACAUCCAGCGUCACUGUCCAUCAACAUCUCUCAUUUGAUGGAGUGAGGAAUUCUCUCUCAGAUCUGAAAAAGAGACUCGAGGAAUUCUGUGAGGAGGAAUUCAACAAAAUCCCUCCACAUGCUGCAGCAGUUCAGAUCAUUUCAGGACCAGAACCACAGAGCAGAGAAGACUUUCUGAAAUAUUUCUGUUAUCUGACUCUGGAUCCCAACACGGCACAUCAUCAACUCAUUCUGUCUGAGAAGAACAGAGCGGUGAGAGAGAGUGAGAGAGAGCAGCGUUACUCUGAUCAUCCAGAGAGAUUUGAUUCCUGGUGUCAGGUGUUGUGUAAGGAGAGUGUGUGUGGACGCUGUUACUGGGAGGUGGAGUGGAGCGGUGCUGGUGUGUCCAUAUCAGUCUCAUAUAAAGACAUCAGCAGGAAAGGACGGGGUAAUGAGUGUCGGUUUGGAUUCAACAAUCAGUCCUGGAGUCUGCGGUGUUCUUCUUCUUCUCUCUCUUUCUAUCACAACAACAUUAAGACUGAUCUCAGAGUUCCAUCAGCCUCCAGAAUAGGAGUGUAUGUGGAUCACAGUGCAGGAACUCUGUACUUCUACAGCGUCUCUGACACGAUGAAGCUCCUCCACAGAGUCCACACCACAUUCACUCAGACUCUAUACGCUGGGUUUGGGUUCGACUGGUUUUCUACAGUGAGAUUGUGUGAUCCAGAAUAAAAGUGUGUAGUGUUUUCUGUAAAAUUCCUGCACGUUGCCACGUUGUUGCUCAGUCGUCUGUUUCACUAGAACACAAUCCAGCUGCACAAAAACACUCAUUUUAAUAUUUAAAUUAAAACAGAUGAAUAAUUUAAAAUAAUUAAAAAGGAAAUGUUAAAAAUUAACUGUCAGACAAGAAACUCGUCAAAUUUAAAAAAGAAAAUGAUCUCAUGACCUUCGCAUUAUAAAGUUCUGUUUGUUUCAUAUUAAGCAGCGUCUCAUUAAAUAACUAAUAAACAGUAAUAAAGCCAGAACAGAACAACAUUUUAAACCUGUUCAGGUCACACUAUAUAAAAAUAAAACAUCACUUUUGGAAUGAAUUUGAUUUUUCUGCUUGUGUUCUAAGAUGUAAAAUCCACAUUCACUUUUUCAAAUCUGAAGUUGUUUCUAAACCCUGAGAUUUGAUUGUAAAACAUUGAACAAUAUUUAAACUCCAUUAGAACAUCCAGUACAUGAUCGGUUCAGGCUGCCGAUGUCGUGUUCAUCCCAUAUUCAGCCUGGAUGAUGAUUGGCCCGCAGAUAGAACCUUAUAAAUCCAGGUUUAUCUGUGAGUUUGGGAUUUUUAUUCAAAUAUUACAAUCAAAGCUUUGCAGAAUAAAAGAUAAGAGCACAGGAGAAUAAAGUUUCCCCCAGUGAUGGAGUUUCUGUGCUGAACUCAUUUUCAGACAGAAGCAAAUUCAACCUUUUCCUGAGAGUUUCAGCAGCUGGAUAAAUAUUGUUCAGUAUUUUAAACUGAAUUUCUUUCACUGUGGGUGAAAUUGGCCGUUUUGAUAACUACAGUGUGUAUUUGUUAGCGUUCCUCCAUCGUCAGUUAUUCUUACUUUUAAUUAAUUUUUUAAAUCAGGGAAUAGCUUCCAUUUUAAAACAUUUCUAAUUCCUUUGUUAUUAGAUUUUUCACCAAUUUCCACUUAACCGAUUUUCAAUUCAGGCAGUUUGACCGACACCUUUGAAUAUUCAAGGGUAUUUUUUAUCGUGAAUCUUAAGGGAGGUGGAAUAGCUCUACAAAUUUGCUUAAAUUCUCUAUAGACACAUUUUAAAUGAAACUUUUCUACAAAUGAAUUAAAUUG